CGAAGGUGACAUUGUUUUCCCGUCAUUUUUGUUGUUAUAUGUUGUUUUUAUUUUGUGUUAACAUCAAAAUCGUCAGUGCUAUGUGAUCUAAUUGAUAUAUUCAAUAUUCCGUUCAGCCUAAUAGGUACAUAUGACUACAAAUAGUUUUAUGAUACCAAACCUACUCAACAGUAAUUCUCUCUUAUUAUACCUAUAUAAAAACGAGCUAUAAUCCGCAAAUGGUGCACAGAGCUGUAAUGACUGAAAAAACCUGCGACCACGCACGUAUUCUAGUGCAGGACCCUAAGACACACAUGUGGUCAGGGCCGUUGGCAGGCGAAGACAACUCGAUCGCUGAAACAUGGAGGCGGAAGUGCGGUUGUAUACGCACCAGUGACAAGCUCAAAACUAUCCUGGGCUCAUUUCCAAAUCCACCGCCACCAACUCCUAUGGCCAAACAUUCGUUUGAUAAAACAUGCAUGUACGGAGGCAUCCGCGAGAAACAUAUGCCGUUGGAUAGUUGUUGUUGGCAAGGAGAAAAAAAGGUAAAUCCGAGCAAGUCGUGGCAGGUGAUAGGAGAGUUGGUGCAGCUGGUACAACUGUCAGUAACUGCGACAGCCCUGGCUCUGUACUACCUCAUCUAUUGUUAUAUGCAACUGGUGUACUACACGCUUAGAAGUGCCCUUUACUUCCACAAUGCCGACGGACCAAUGAAAAUUACAAUUGGAGUAGUAACACUAACAUCUUUAAUAAUUGGAUUUAACUUGAUGCUGCGGAUGGAGAGAGUACUCGGAAUAAUUUACUAAAUUAUUGUGUAUAGCAAUUAUUUCAACAUAUUGUACAGCUUGUACAGACUUUAUAAUCAAGCAAAAGUAACAAAACCAAACGAAGUGAGUUAGUUGGCAAAGAUAACAAAUAAAUUACAAAAGAAUCCAAUAACCGACUGAAAAUUAG